ACAAAAUCAGAUUUUUUAAUUAAAUUAAAUUAAACAAAAAAACCUAAAAAUAAUGACAGAUCACUUAUUAAGCGCAACUGUCGACGAACCGCCGGCGCUUUUAUCAAAUAUUGCCGUAAUCGCGCAAGCCGACGGUAGUAGUUCUUAUAGUGAUAAUGAUUAUCAAUCGGAAGCUGAAUUAGAAAGACCUGUUCUUCUAGAACUCGGUACGAAACCUAACCCAACGGCUAGUCCAUCUCUUGGUGCCUACAAUUCAAUUAGUGAUUAUCGUUUGAAUAUGCAUCUUCAAGAUAUAAAUAGCACACCUACAUAUUUAACAACACAUUCCACUCCAGGAUAUGGGACUAAUGGCGAAAAUAGUACACUACCACUUGUUGCACAAUUAUCCAGCUUGUACACCAAUCAUUAUGCACAACCACCCAUGCCAACAACAACUACAAUAUCACCAUUAGGUGCUUCAAGUUUGGCUUCAACCCUGUCAUAUACAUCACAUAUACCGCAAACAGUGUCCUCUUGGCCAACAGCGGAUAUGGAAAUGAAAUCAGCAACGGAAGUUGUGCCACCACCUAUGUACGUGUCUUAUAUUAAUGCUAAGGAACACACAAUUGCAAAGGAUAUUAAUCCUUCAUGGAAGGAGAAAGCUUUACAAUUGGAAAAAGAUUAUAAAAAGACUGCAUGCGAUAGAGAACGUACCAGAAUGCGUGAUAUGAAUAGAGCUUUUGAUUUAUUAAGAUCAAAAUUACCAAUAUCAAAACCGAAUGGAAAGAAAUACUCAAAAAUAGAAAGUUUAAGAAUUGCCAUCAACUAUAUCAAUCAUCUUCAACAAUGUCUACAAGAAGAAAUGCCAGUGAUAUCGACUAAUGGUGGCAAUAGAAUGGAUGAUUCAAGCCUUAAUGGCACAGAUUAUUGCGAUGAUAUGGAUCCUCGUCGAAAAGCUUUUCCACCAUUCCAUUAUGAACGCAAGAAAACAACAUUUAAGUCCGACAGAAAUGUGGAUGAGUCACACUCUUAUAGUAAUGGGCUAUGGACUGAUAAUGGUUACAUACCUAAUGGUCAUGAAAAAUGGGAAUAAAGUAGUAUAAAUAGAGUAGAAUAAAUAUAGUUAACCAAAGAAGAAAAUUCCGCUUUACCUACAUUUCAUUGACUGAAGCUAAAAAAAGGGAUUUUCAAGGAUAAGUGCAAUUUCGGUACUGAAAAUAUAAUAUAUGUAGGUA